UCUCCUGCCCCGGGCUGGAUGCUGCUGGGUCAGGGCUGGAUUGGUGACUGUGGCAGAGCAUGUAAUGACCCUGUAAGGCAGGCACCAGGACUAGCCCUGGACUCAGGCUCAGAGAGAGUAGGUGGCUCGCCCCAGGUCACACAGUGAGUUGGUGAUGGAUCCCAGUCUGUCUGACUCGUCAGGGGAAGGAAGCUGGGUCUUGACCCUUCUCAUCCUGUGCCCUUGCUGCUAAACUCACAAGCCGGAGACCAAGCAAGGGGGUUUCCAGGCCUUGUUUCCCAGCAGGCAGGCAGGCCAAGGUUGGGAGGCCUCUUCCCACAUCCAGCCUGGUCUGGGCUGGUUCCUGGCUGGCUGGCAAGUGGUGACUCAGUCUUCCAGCUCCUGCCUCUGGCCUCCUCAUCCUUCCAGAUUUGAGGUCCUUGGAGCAGGGAUGGGGAGGGAACUGCAGAGUCAGCUAAAAGGGUAUCCUGAGACCAUAGGAUCCAAACAACCCAAGGAGCAUCAACCCUUGCCAGUUCUUCCUUCCAUCUAUCCUGAAUCGCUUCUGCUGCAGGCACAAACCGAUCCCAUGUGUUGCCUGAACUGACAAAAGGAAACUGGCAGAGUGUGUCCCCUCUAUGGAGUGAGGGACUUCAAUGUUUCUGCCAAGGGUGUACCUGGCACGGAGCUGGGUGGGUGGAUGCCUGGUGUCAGGGCAAUACUCCCAGGGCCUCUACCUCAGACGAACAGGGCUGAACACUGGCCCCGUCCCCCUGCCAAUGUCACCACUAGCUCCCGUGAGCCAGAUUGAUCAGGUGAGGCUCUGAGAACAGGAUAUGAGUGGAUAUGGGACUAACAAAUAGGAGAAAGGCUGGGGAGUGGGUCAGGAGAAACUGAGGCUGGGAACCCAGUCCUGAGGUUGCUCAGUGCCAGCCCCAGAAGGGAGGCCCUGGCUGUGUGCCGACCUGCCACACAGCCCCCACCCCAGGGCGGCGGUCAGAAGGCUUGAGACUGGCCAGCCCAGGCAGUCUGCUGGCACCAUCUCAUGGCCAGAAGCCUUCAGUGCAGGGGAGACGAUCCUCUGGGAAUUUCCUGGCUUGGACGUCUAAGCAUGGAUUUCAGGGGAACCAUGGAUAAGGGGUUUGUAGAGUCAGAAAGACAGUGUUGAAAUGUCACCUGGCUGGGACACCUUGGGAAACUCGUUGACUUCUCCUGAGUCUUACUUCUUUCAUCUGUAUAAGGGAGAGAACAACCACUGCCACCGCCUGCCACCCACCCAGGGCUGCAGCUAAAACAUCCGGCAGCGGGCAGACUAUUAGGAGAUGACACCGGGUGGUGAGGACCCAGGAAUUGGUGCACGCUGCCACGGGCUGAGGGAGCCCAAAGUGGGGGCAUUUAGGCUGGGCCUGGAAUUGAUUCAUUCAGUUAACAAAUGUUGAUUGAGUCCAUACUGUGUGCCAGGGCACCUCACCUGCAUGGUUUCGUUUAUUUCUUACAACAGCCUAUGUGGCAGGCACCAGUAAUCAAUCUCAUUUUACAGACAUGAAAACUACAGGAAGGAUAAGUACGGCUUAUUUGGAAAGCAUCCCGGGCAGAGGAAAUAGCACAGAUGUACGCCUCAGGGCUGGAAAGCCUGGUGGGGAAGGGCUGAGGCUGGACUUAGGAGCCCUGGCAGGCUUGGGAGCAGAGCAGGGGCACUUGGGCUCUGUCUUGGAGGUUUUAAAGGGGCCAGCCCCCUCAGGCCUCCAACUGGGCCCCUCUUCACACAGCUCAUCCCCUGCUACACUACGCUUCAUUUCUCCCACAGGAUAGGCUCAUUCCCUGCCUGCGUGCCUCCUGCCUAGGGUGCUCUCUUCACGCUUCAUGUGGCCAAGUCCUCCUGGCCCUUUAAGUCCCAGCAACAGACAUGCCUUCUCCAGGAGCCAUUCCAGGUCACUCCUUCCCAUGGCCCCCAAGACCUGCUCUCCUGGGCCCCAACCCGGUAGCAGGAACUCUGACCCAAGCCUUGCACUGGGUCUGACACCCCCAGGAAGCCCUCAGGGCUGCUCCCAUUCUUGGGACAGACACUGUGGCGGGAGUGACCACUGGAGAUUGUCCUAGGAAUGCAGCAAAGGACUGGUUUCUGGGCUAAAGGCCAGGCCUCCUUGCCCUCCUGAGCUCUAGCACCACUAAAAUCAGAUCAGGAGGUCCACACUUUCAGCUGGCAACCUCUUAGCACAGCCCUGAAUAGGCAGUAGGUGCUCAAUCCUUGCACAACUGACCAAAGUGUUCCUCAGCAGUUCGAACCUGAAUUUCCUCAGCUUGACCCAAAGUUUUGGGACCAACUCAGUUCCUCAAUCCCCCUGUCUACAAAAUGGGUUUGGGUGUGAGGGCAGUGCUCACACCUGCCAGGGUAAAAAGGGUCCUCCCUGUCCCUGGCAGUUCAUCCUCACAACAUGCUGGUGGCCACUAUGACCACAUUCUGCCAAGGAGGCUCAGAGAGGGGAAGGGGCUUGUGGGUAGGGGCCAAAGUAAACAAGAACCUGGGCCUCAAGCACCCAGGGCAGUGUUCUCUCCCUGCGUGAACUUGUCCCCCUCUCGUGGCCCCAGCUUCUCCCAACCAAAGCCCACCUCCUCCAAGUCAUCCCUGCAAGUGCUGCCUCUGCUACCGGAGCUGUCCUCCUCGGAACAAUGAGAAGCCACCUCACCUCCUCUGGUCCAUCCUAACAGCUCUGAGUCUUGGUUUGGGAGUAAGGAGGGGCUGGAAGAGGGCUUGGCACCGGCAGGGAGAAUCUCACUCAGAUGAGUUCUCAGGGGCAUCACCUCUAUCCCCACAACCCACACCUGUCACUCCCGGUGAGCUCUGGACCUGCCAUGCAGGAGACAGUGCCUGAGAAGUGGAGGUAUGUGGGAGGAUCUGAGGGCAUACAGUAGGUGUUCAAUAAUGGUUUGGGAGAAAAGGAAGAGAGGGAAGGAGAGAGGGAGAAGGUGACCAAAUAAGUGAGUGCAUAAGUAGAUUAGCAUGUAGAGGGAUGGAUAGGUCAGUGGAUGAGCCAUUGAAUGGAGAAAGGAGGGAUGGAUGGGGGGGUGAGUGACUACAGGGUGACUCUGGGUGUUACAGCUAAAGGGGGAGCCAAAAACUCUUUAAUUACCCACAUGCCCAUUUGACAGAUGAGAAGACUGAGAGAGGGCUGAGGAGAAAGGAAGCUGCUGGGGCUGUGGGGCUGGCCUUUGACCAGCAGCCUCUGGUUCUCCCCCACCUUUCUAUCCCCUCAUCACCCUCUUCCUUCUGCUGGGUGGGAAGGGUUCCAGGAAGGAGACAUUUUCUCCGCCUCCUUGCUCCUCGAGGCCCAGUUUCCGCCAGACCUUGGUGUUGGAGGUGGCAGGGAGGGGGUGGCCCCCGCAGGGGCUAUUUCAGUCAGAGACAGCCCUGCCAGGAAACAGAGGAAGCCGCCUGCUCCUUUGGAGGUGUUGCAGCCUGAGUUGAGGGCAGGAGAGUGGAGAGCCUCAUGUCUGGCCCCCCCCUGGCUCCAAGGCAUUUGAGGCCACCAAGGUGCUUCGGGGACAGGAGGCUGCAUAUAAGAAGAUUGCAGCCAAAAGAAGAACCAUGGCUUUGGAAGGUGGAGUCCAGUCUGAGGAGCCUCUGUGCAUGCGGGAAGCAUAAUCGGGCAGCCAUGGAGUGGGACAACGGGACAGGACAGGCCCCGGGCUCACCGCCCACCACCUGUGUCUACCAAGAGAACUUCAAGAGACUGCUACUGCCACCUGUGUACUCAGUGGUGCUGGCGGCCGGCCUGCCACUGAACGCCUGUGUCAUCGCCCAGAUCGGCACAUCCCGCCGGGCCCUGACCCGCACGGCCGUGUACACCCUGAACCUGGCCCUGGCCGACCUGCUCUACGCCUGCUCCCUGCCCUUGCUCAUCUACAACUAUGCCCAAGGUGACCACUGGCCCUUUGGCGACCUUGCCUGCCGCCUGGUCCGCUUCCUGUUUUACGCCAACCUACACGGCAGCAUCCUCUUCCUCACCUGCAUCAGUUUCCAGCGCUACCUGGGCAUCUGCCACCCACUGGCCCCCUGGCACAAGCGUGGGGGCCGCCGCGCCGCCUGGGUAGUGUGUGGGGCCGUGUGGCUGGCUGUGGCGACCCAGUGUCUGCCCACGGCCCUCUUUGCUGCCACAGGCGUCCAGCGUAACCGCACCGUCUGCUACGACCUGAGCCCGCCUGCCCUGGCCUCCCACUACAUGCCCUACGGCAUGGCCCUCACGGUCAUCGGCUUUCUGCUGCCCUUUGCCGCCCUGCUGGCCUGCUACUGCCGCCUGGCUUACCAUCUGUGCCGCCAGGACGGCCCAGCAGGGCCAGUGGCCCGGGAGCGGCGUGGCAAGGCAGCCCGCAUGGCGGUGGUGGUGGCGGCCGCCUUUGCCGUCAGCUUCCUGCCCUUCCACGUCACCAAGACGGCCUACCUGGCGGUGCGCUCUACAUCUGGGGUCCCCUGCCCUGUGCUGGAGGCCUUUGCAGCCGCCUACAAAGUCACACGGCCCUUUGCCAGUGCCAACAGCGUGCUGGAUCCCAUUCUCUUCUACUUCACUCAGGAGAAGUUCCGCCGGAGGCCACAUGAGCUGCUGCAGAAACUCACGGCCAAGUGGCAGCGACGGGGUCCCUGAGCCCCCUGGGGACAAGGACACCCGGGGCCGUGGCGCCGGAAGCCCCAGCAACCCCAAACCGUGCAGAGAAUUAGAGCUUAGCUCAGCUGGGCAUGGAGAGAGGUCGCCCCACAGACUCCAAAAUCUCAACCAAUGACUAUUGAUUGAGCUCUUUCUCGGGACUGGGCCAUGUGGGCACAGAGAGACAAGCUCGGACCUGGCUCUCCAGAAGAUCCCAGUCAGCCCUGGAGAGACAGGGAAGCCAUGUUAAGCUGCUCACAAAAAUGGCGUGUGACAUGCACUGUAAUUGAGGAGCAUGCCGAAUGUUUUGGAGUCACCAAUAAAGGGAGUGAGGGAAGAUGGGAGGAGGAAGUGAGGGCUUCUGGAAAGGAGCAUUUGAGCUGGAUUUUGAGGGAUGAAUAUGAGCUCUCUGGAGGUAUGUGAUGUUCCAUUCGUUCAGCAAAACUUUACCUACACCUUGUGCUUGGGCCUGGGUUGAUUCCAGCGCCCCAGGAGAACAAGUCCCAGCUCUGCCCCAUAUAGGCUCCCAACUACUGGAUGGAUAUACUGACAUUUGACAAAGUGAUGUCAAGGCUGUGACAGAGGGAAGCAUGGCUGGCGGGGAGGGGUGAACAGAGGAUACCCAUGAUCCAGUCCAAGGAGUCAGGAAAGAUUUCUCAGGGUGGGGCUGGGGGGCAUCUGAACCAGAUGUUGAGGGUUGAGUGGCAGGUCAGCAAAUGGAAGUGGGGAGCGUGUUCACCCAGCCUGGGAUGGCCCUAAUCUAGACUCUGCGCUGGAGGAGAUGGGUAGAGAGCUGGAGUGGGGGGCAGGCAUAUGGUCUGCUGUGUGGUGUGAAAGUUGAGAAAACAAAAGCUGUCCCAUGGCCACCCUUCAGGCUGUGGGGGCUGAGCAGAGGGAAGAAUCAGGGAGCACUUCUUCAAAGAGUGGAGCUUAAGCCAGGGAGGAAUCCAAAAGACAGAGAGAAGGAGGCUGCUCCUGAUGGAAGGCACUGGGUGCAUAAAACCCAGAGGCAGAGACCUGUUGAAUCUGGCUGCAAAUCAAUAGUGAGUUUCAGUUAAGUCCAAGAGGGGAUGGACUGGGUGGGACCAGAGCAUUGAAUGCCAGGAAGAGCCCCAGACCCCACCUCUCCUCCACCUAUCUCUUCACAUGGGCCUCUUUCAGCCUCAGGGUAUCCUGGGUGCCUGAGGAACCCUCCACCAGGCCCCCCCAAGUGAAGGGAAAUAGCCCUUCAAUAUUGCUUCAUUCUAGAAGGAGAAGUCAACUUGAAGAGACUCAGGGCCAUGCCAGGGCUACCAGGAGGCUGCCACAUGGAGGUGCAGAAGUCCUGUGGCCAGUCUCAAGACAGACUGUUCCAUGGGUUCUGCUCCUGCCCUCUCACCUUCAUCAUUCUGGCCUGUGGGUGCCUGGGAGGCUGCUGGAGGCCAUCUCACAGGGGCAUCUCAAACACAGACCUGAGCCUUCAAAAGCUUUGGAAAGGCAUCUUCACUGAAGGUCUCUGAGAAGACAGCCAAGGGAUUCUGCCACAUAAGGCCUCUUUACCUGCUCUCCCCACCCACCCUUCCUUUCGGCCCCACCCACACAGCUCCUCACCCUCUCUGCUCCUUUUCCUCAUAUCUCCACACACACCCCCACCGGACCCCCCCUCACUUCUCCUCCAUUCCUUAUUCCUUCCUCCCAGGUCCCAGCUUUCCACCUGUAGAACAAUUUCACCUGCCCUUGGCUGCUAGUAUACCACUCAGACCCUGUACCCGAACCAGCCUUGACAAAGAGUCUACCUUCUUAGAGGGUAGAGCCGAGAGAGGGCAGGGCAUAGGGACAGGGCAGGGAGGGGAAGGACUGCAUAGCUUACUCAGCAUUUUCCUUUUAGCCCUGUCUAAUCUCCAAGGCUGUUGGGCAAUGGGGGCAUUCAGAGAAGGGCUCUGCGGGAGUUAAACUCCAUAGUAAUGUUGGAAGUGUGCUUGCAGCUGUCUGAGGAAGUGGGAAAACCGGGCCCAAACCAUCUUGGGAACCCAUCAAAAGUGCCCUUGCUGAAGAGGUUGAUGAUAAUUUGGACAGAAGGGACUUUGAUUCUUUGGGUCACAGGGAAGAGAUGUGAGGAAAUGUCAGAAGAUGUAUAUUCCCAACACAAUGCAAUGUCCUGCCAAGUAGUACAGAUGAUGCUUGCCUUGCAUCUUGUUGAGAGUCUGAGAUGAGACUCUUCAGUUGCCUGUCAUGGGGGAGUAGGGCAGCAGGAGAGCGGAAGGCAGAGGGCCUCUGCCCACAGUGCCCAGAGCAUCCCAGAUGACUGUCCUAGCAGACUGCCGAGAAUGGUGACCCUUUCUUUGGUUACUUUUCCAAGAGUGAACAUUGUGGACCACAGGUAAAUUCCAUUUCCAGCAUCCCUUCGCAAGGCAGAACAGCAUAAAGGGUGGAAACUGCAGACCCAGCUCAACCUGAGCGUGUAUCUUGGCUCUACCACUUACUAGUUAUGUUACUCUGGGCAAGUUAUGUAGCCUCUUUGUACCGUAACUUCCCAGGCUAUAAAAUGGGAAUGAUGAUGCUAUCUGUCUUGCAAAGUGGUUGUGAGGAUUAAUACGUGCAAAGCACUCAGAGUAAUGCCGAAACACAGUAAGCGUGCAAUGAGUGUUGCUAUUGUAAUGACUUUGCCUUUUGUGCACACAAGUUCCUCCAGUCUCUCUCUCUAGGAAUUUGCCUAGGAAGUUUCUAAACAAGGGGCUCUGAGCAAGGGAUUUCUCCUUCCUUCACCUGGGGAGGCAGCUGGUCUCCGCACACUUUUUUUUUUCCCUUCAGAACGAGGGUCAUAAUCCAUUAGCCCCAUCUAUCUACUCCUACAAGAAGGAAAAGCCAUUUAUUAAUGCCAGUACGAGAGACUCCCGAGUGCCAUUUGGGGAGCUUGAAUUUCCCCCCUUCAUUCUCCCUCCUUUUGUCCCCCUUCCCUAAUCUCUCUCCUCACUUUAACCCAGAGCACACCCGGGGAUAGGGGCUUCAGCUGGGGAUGUCUGCUCACUGGGGUAAAGACAGAGGAGACACGGACGAAGGUGUGGAGGUAGAGUGUGGUGAGGGGUGGGGGAGCAUGUGGGUUCACAGGGGUCCAAGGUGAUGCUCUGGGCUUGAGGAAGAUUUCCUGGGGUGUAGCAGUGCAGCUGGGGCUUGAAGGAUGGCCAUAAUUAGACUGAAGAAGAGAGGGCAAGUUUGUUCUGGUGCGGGGAACAGCACAGCCCAAGGCGUAGAGGCUGUUGGAGGAAAGAUAGCAAGAGAUUAGGCUGGAGAGUUGGCAGGGCUGGAGAGUAAAAGGCUUGGUGCCAGCCCAGGGGAGCACCGGGGAGCCACAACAAUGACAGCAGUGGCCAUUUGUUGGGCUCUGAAGGUCCCGGGCACAUGCAGUGUGCUGUACACACGUUUUCUCACUUAAUCCUUACAAUACCUCCAAUUACAAAUGGGGAUACUGAGGCCCAGAUGUGAGAAUUGACCUGUGAAGGUCACACAGUCUUUCUCUAACACAGAUACUAGAUGCCCCCCUUGCCUUACUCGACCUGCCUUGCUUCCCUUUCCUUUUAUGACGUGCCUUUCAAGUGCCCACCUGCCUCAGCCAGUGCCAGUAACUGGGGAUCCCCCUAGGAAGUUGUAACAGAGACGGCUAAGUGCCAACUGCAGUAUUAACUCUCCUUUAAUUGGGCACAAGUUCUCCUAGGAUGAAAACUUCAUUUCCCAGCCUUACUUGCAGCUAGGCACGACCAGGUAUCUUAAUCCUGGACAGUGGGAUAUAAGCAAAGUGGCCUACAGCAGUUUAACACAGGAAGGGGAUGAAGGUCUUUAAAAGAUAGGUGGGGGUCUGUCCUUUGCCUCCCCUCCCUUCUUGCUGCUUACAAUGGGGGCCUCACAGCUGGGGCACCAUCUUGGACCAUGAGAAACAGCUUGGGUUUCUGACCAUUCCAGUUUGGGGCCACCUGAAUUUGGACUUUUGCACAAGAGGGAAAUAAAUGUCUAUCUUUUUUAAGCCA